GCAGACGAGGGGGCCACGCAGGUUGUCCCAGUCUCGCACCCGGAGAGGAUCGCCUUGGCCAUGGAGACGAGUGCGGAGUCGCCCAGGAAGAUGGAGGCGACGAUGGCGGCGCUCGUGGAGAACCAUGAGCUCGCCAUGAGCGAGGUCGUGAAGGGCGCGGGUCAGUCCGACGCUGCGUUGCAGGCGCAGUUCAACACGUCCGCAGAUGUCAUCAAGCGUGAUAUGGUUGCGAUGAAAAGUGAGGUGCAGGCGGCUACGACGGCUGCACCAGCUGGGUCGGUAGGUAGCACGCUUCGUCCAGCAAAGAUCACGAGGGCGGCAAGUGCGGCGCCGACUGGUCUCCGGCGCAUGAAGAUGCCCCUGACGAUUGCAGGGGAUGGGUGGGCGGUUUUCGAGGCCGCUCCCGGCGACGGCCCGCGCGGCGCAGUUCGAGAG